AUGUCGCUGGCGCACGCGAUGAACUUCUCGAUUCCAGAUGAUCUGAAACAAUAUCUCGCCGAUCUUGACAAGUUUAUCGAUGAGAAGAUCACGCCGCUUCAACACAAAGACGACAACAAUCGCUUCUUCGACCACCGCCGCGAGCACGCUCGAACCGAUUGGGACAAUGGCGGCCUGCCACGCAAGGAAUGGGAAGAGCUACUGGCAGAGUCAAGGAGACUGGCCGAUGAAGCUGGCUUCUACAGGCUAUCCCUACCGAAGCAAUACGGUGGACAGAACAGUGCCGAUGGACGAGGGAGCAACCUCUGGAUGGCCGUCAUUCGAGAGCAUCUCGCGGCGAAGGGACUGGGUCUGUUCAAUGACUUGCAGACGGAGCAUUCCAUGGUCGGAAACUUUCCCGAUGUCAUUAUGCUCAUGAACUUUGGCAACGAGCAACAGAAGAAGGAGUUUAUACCACUGCGGCUAGAGGGCAAGUUCAGAAUGACGUUCGGUUUGACAGAGCCCGGUCAUGGCUCAGACGCGACACAUAUGGCGACAAAGGGGCGACCGGAGAUAAGGAACGGUGUGAAGGGCUGGUUGCUGAACGGAUACAAACGGUGGCAGACCGGCAUGCACCAUGCUACCCAUUGCUCGGUCUUUGCGAGAACGUCAGGAAAGGAUGGCGAAAUAAAGGGCAUAUCGUGCUUUGUCGUACCGGUCGACACUCCGGGCCUCAAAGCCGAGUCGUAUGAGUGGACGCUCAACAUGCCCACCGACCACGCGACCGUCUCCAUCAAGGAUGUCUGGGUACCCGAGACCGCUGCGUUGGGCCCCAUCCACAACGGCCUCGGCGUCGCGCAAGCCUUUGUUCACGAGAACCGCAUCCGACAAGCUGCUUCAUCGCUCGGCGCAGCCGUAUACUGUGUGCAGCAGUCGGUCGAAUACGCCAACGAUCGCGCGCCUUUCGGCACCCCGCUCUCGCACAAUCAGGGUAUUCAGUUCCCACUCGUAGAACUUGCGACCCAAUGCGAGAUGCUGCGACAGCUGAUACGGAAGACUGCACUGGAGAUGGACUCUAUGCCGCACAAUGAGAUCGAGAAGAGGAUUGGCGAUAAGGUGUCCAUGUGUAACUACUACGCGAACAGGUUGUGUACACAGGCGGCAGACCGCGCGAUCCAGGUCCACGGCGGUAAUGGAUACUCGAGACAUUACCCGUUCGAGCACAUUUGGAGACAUCAUCGUCGGUACAGGAUUACCGAGGGUAGUGAAGAGAUCCAGAUGCGAAAGGUUGCCGCAUAUCUGUUCGGUUUCGGUGGGAGGAAGAGCCUAGUAGACGCCACAAAAGCUGAGUCGAAGCUGUAG